CUGCUUCCGGAUCAGACGGUUCGCAGCCUCGAGAUGAAGAAGAUGUCGGCGGCAGUGGCUUCGUUAGCCACGGUGGCGACGGAGCCCGGAGAGGACGCCUUCCGGAAACUUUUCCGCUUCUACCGGCAGAGCCGGCGGGGGACGACGGACCUGGGGGCGGUCAUCGACUUCUCGACGGCACACGUGGCCCGAGGCCCGAGCCCCGGUGUGCCCAAGGUGGUCAGAUUUCCUCUGAAUGUGUCCUCGGUGACUGAUCGUGAUGCCUGUAGGGCAGGACUUCAGCCUGUGAGCAAGUGGCAGGCUUAUGGGCUCGAAGGCUAUCCUGGAUUUAUUUUCAUCCCAAACCCAUUCCUCCCAGGAUGUCAGUGGCACUGGGUAAAGCAGUGCCUUAAGUUAUACUCCCAGAAACCUAAUGUGUGUAACCUGGACAAGCACAUGACUAAAGAAGAGACCCAAAGUCUGUGGGAACAGAGCAAAGAGUUCCUAAGGUCUAAAGAGGUAAAUAAACGGAGACCCCGAAGUUUACUAGAGAGACUGCGCUGGGUCACCCUGGGGUAUCAUUAUAACUGGGACAGUAAGAAAUACUCAGCAGAUCAUUAUACACCUUUUCCUUCUGACCUGGCUUUCCUCUCAGAGCAAGUCGCCGCUGCCUGUGGAUUUCAGGGGUUCCAAGCAGAAGCGGGUAUCCUGAAUUACUACCGCCUUGACUCUACACUGGGAAUCCAUGUGGACAGAUCUGAACUAGAUCACUCCAAACCCUUGCUGUCCUUCAGCUUUGGACAGUCUGCCAUCUUUCUCCUGGGUGGUCUCAAGAGAGAUGAGGCCCCUACAGCCAUGUUUAUGCACAGUGGCGACAUCAUGGUGAUGUCAGGUUUCAGCCGCCUGUUAAAUCAUGCAGUCCCUCGAGUCCUUCCGCAUCCUGAUGGGGAAUGCCUGCCUCACUGCCUGGAGACACCUCUCCCAGCUGUCCUCCCUAGCGAUUCACUGCUUGAACCCUGCUCUGUAGAGGACUGGCAAGUGUGUGCCACCUAUUUGAAAACUGCUCGAGUUAAUAUGACUGUUAGACAGGUACUGGCCACAAACCAGGACUUCCCCUUAGAACCCAUGGAGGAGACAAAAAGAGACAUUACUGCAGAUGGUUUGUGCCAUCUGGAUGACCAGAGUAGCCCAGUAAAACGGGCGAGGGUAAAUUCUGACACUUAAGACUUAAAGGUUAGUUCUGUUGCCAGGCACUCUCGCCCCAAGGCAAUCCUCACACAGGGGCAGGGAUGAAGUCAUCCGUCAUGCCGCUGUCUGGAUGUGCCUUGGAGAGUAGAAUGAUUACAGUUUGCUCAGAGAAGUGUUUGAAUCCAGCUCAAUACAAGCAGGAAUGUGUUUGUCAUACCUCAUAGGUAUGAUAAUGAUGCACACGAAUUUCUCAGCCUCUGCUGUUACCUCAGGAGGAAGAAGUGAGAUCGUAUGUCUAUGGUGUGUCACUACCUCAGAGCUUAUUAAGAGGAAAUAGUAUCUUCCUCUCAGCAUUAUAUAAUUUGUGAACCAGCAACCAGAAUUCCUAACUCCUAGUUGUCAUCAAAUACUUUGAGAUCUUCACUCUUCUCUGCCCUCAGAGAAGAAUCUUAUGCACAUGAAGACAGUGGAAUUAGAGUGUCCCUCAGGAGCUGGUGUUGUCUCUUGAUUGGUAGAGCACAUGUCUACCAUGCAUGUGUCCUGGGUUCACUACCCUGUACCACAUGAAUCCGGUGUGGUGUGGCCUACCCCAGCGCUCCAAGGGUGGAAGAUCUGAAGUUCAAAGACAUCUUCAGCUACAUACAUAACAAAUUCAAAGGCCAGCCUGAGCUACAUGAUACACAGACACAAAGUGCCCCCACCCCCGAAGAAGUUAGAGUUAAAUACGUGUAAAACAAAGGAAAAGAGAAAGUAGUCUCUGUCUUUUAGAACUCCAAACUCUGGUGGCUUUUUAAUUGGCUUUAAUGGACUAAAAGUCUCUAGAGUAUUUUGUUAGCUGUUUUCUCCAUGAAUAAACACUCCCAUCUUAAACUAAAGAUCUGUAUCUCUUUGAGAGUGUAUCAGGGAUACACUUUUUCUUUAUUUGCUGUAUUGAUGCUGUUGAAGCCUCUGGCUGUUUCUCUCCUAAGUAUUGUGGCUGUCAGAACAUUCUGUGAAAGUCCAGUCACUGCCAUAGUUUUUGGUGUCAGAUUUAAUGUCAUGGGGCGGGGGGGUAAUAGGGGAGUUAGGUGCGCCUGUCUGUAAACUGGGUAUGCCUAUUAGUGUGGGAGACUGAGGCUAUCUGGAAGCCCUGCCACGGCCUGUGAUUUGCUUAAUUUCUACCUUUCUCUGCCCUCUAUUAAUCUGCACUUAGUUAUUGAGUUCAUAGAUACUGCAUUUUUUGUCAGGGGCAAAAAUUAAAUACAAAUCACUUACAUAAGCUGGGUUCUAAAAAUUGGUGCAUGGUAGGAAAUUUUUAAGUAACAUCCCUGGGAAAUUUUCCUUGUUUUCUUUGAUGUACCUUAAAUGACCCACCUGAAACCAACAAGCUGUCAUUUGGUAAAACCAACAGAAAGUUUAUCCUUUUCUAAGAGAGACUGUUAGAGUAUCAGAUAAAGGCAUUGGCCUGUUUUUAGGAGCAAGUGGAAAUAGGCUAGCCAAGGAAAGAGACCUGACUCCAUCCCAAGCUCCUCUAAGAGCUCCUCUAGGAAGCUUGCAAGUUACAGGCCAUGCAGCCCAGCUCAGUUCAUUUCUGUCUACAAGCCGCUGUAAAUGGCUGAGAGAUGUGGGGAGGGAAACAUAAACAUGCUGACACAUGAAUCUUGUAUGAAGCUCCUGCAUCAGAAUUAACUUCUUGAGGGGUAGCUGAAGAGAGGACCCGGAAGAGCACUUUUUUUUUUUUGGUUUUUCAAGGCAGGGUUUCUCUGUAGCUUUGGUGCCUGUCCUGGAACUAGCUCUUGUAGACCUGGCUGGCCUCGAACUCAGAGAUCCACCUGCCUCUGCCUCCCGAGUUGCUGGGAUUAAAGGCGUGCGCCACCACCGCUCAGCAAGAGCACUUGCUUUUGUGGAGGACCCAAGUUCAGUUCCAGGAGAUCCUGGAUUCUUGUAUCCUCUGGUCCCUAGGCCCACAUGUGACAUACACAGCAAAACGGGCAAACACGUUUUGUUGUUAAAGACUUUCAGAAUGAGUCUCUAAGUUAAAUGAUUGUAUGAGAGAGUGCAAGGUUAGAAAGUUGCAGAACCUAAAGGAUAGGAUGAAUCUGCACCUUGACAGAGCAAGUCUAACCUAAGAAACUACAUCUGAAGAAAGGAACCCAGAAACAAGCCUGACACCAAGGAACGAGCCUUUUGGUUUUUUUUGAAACCAGGGUUUCUCUGAAGCUUUGGAACCUGUCCUGGCCCUAGCUCUUGUAGACCAGGUGACCUUGAACUCACAGAGAUCCACCUGCCUCUCUCCCCAGUGCUGGGAUUAAAGGUGUGUGCCGCCACUGCCCAGCGGGAAGUACUGUUUUUAAGUACUUCAUCACUUAUCAAAGGAUAAAAUUAAAAUGUAGCAUAUAUAUAAUUGAUGGUAUCAGUGCCUGGAUAGUAGAACUAGAGGAACUGGCACCCAUAAUGCUCUCUGCUGGUGAGGGUGUUUGCAUUAUGGGACAUAGUCAUAGACUAUCUCUGUUUAGGAAAUACAUGACUUCUAAGUGUUUUUUUCAGUGAUGUGUCCUUGGGCCCAAUAAAUUUUACUUCUGGGAACUGAGUCUACAGAAGUCAUCAGAGCCAUUCAGGAAGGCUUUUGUACAAGAAUUUUAUCAGAGUGAAGAUUGGAAACAAGCCACAUGUCUAGCAGCAGGAAGUGGCUGGUUCAGAAAGUCCUGUGACUAGACAAAUCACAGUUCCCUUCCUGGAACUACUAUCUAAAACCAGUUGCCUUUUCAAGGGCAGUAGGAAAAUGGGCAACUAUAUUUAAGAGAAAGUCUGAUUAACUAUACAGAGUAAUAUUUUUUUACAGAAUGUUACAUAUUUAAAUUUUGUUUGGUGUUUUGCCUCUGUGUAUUCCUGAUGUACCUGUUUACAUAUUUAUUUACAUUGAAAAUCUUAAAAUUCAUUCCUCUUUUUAAAAAAAUAAAUUAUUUAUUUAUUGGU